GCUUAUAUGAUCGUAUAUCAAAAGUGGGAAUCAUGGAAGGAAUCAGAGAAAACCAUUGCUGCCAUAAUCGCCAUCAACACCGUCGUAUUCGCGGCUUGGCAGAUACCGAUACUACGACCAUUCAUGCGCAGAUACUUUGUGCAUGAUCCUUUAAGCGGACGGUCUAUUACACUGUUAACCUCCUGCUUCUCACAUCAAGAGUUUUGGCAUUUUGGUUUGAAUAUGAUGGCAUUGUGGUCUUUUGGCGGACUUGUUCAUGAUUACCUAGGUAGGGAACAGUUUUUGGCAUUCUAUUUGACCACUGGAAUGGCCGCGAGCGCAGUCAGCCACGUCUUUGGGUUGAGUAUGCGACGUGUUCGUCCUGUCCUGCCAAGUUUAGGAGCGAGUGGUGCCAUCUACGGUUGCUUAUCCGCCACAGCAAUGCUCUAUCCCGAUGCAAGUGUCUACGUGGUAUUUCUACCUUUCCUACCAAUUAAAAUAGGGUACGCAUUGCCAGCACUUAUGGGACUAGACCUUGCCGGUAUUCUUCUGCGAUGGCGAACAUUUGAUCACUUUGCUCACUUGACAGGAGCUAUGAUGGGCCUUGGUUAUAUUAAAUAUGGACCGACUAAUAUAUGG